GUAAAUUACUUUGCACAUAGCACUAAUAAUUAGGUUCAUCCCACAUGUCCCACACCUAAAGAAACCAAAAAAGCAAAGUCAAGAUUUAAUAAGUCGGUAGUAGUAAGGAUAAAAGAAGACAUUGGAAUCGUUUUUUCCUCAUACAAAGUUGAGAGAGCAUUGCCAAAGCACAAUAACAAAUACUACAAAAUAAGAAAAUUUUCUAUUAGAACUCUAUCAGGAGCGUUGUUUCAAGAGGUUUUAGAGCUUUACUUCACAACAGCCAAUUGCUGCAAUUCUACAUAUCCGAUAAUUUCAAUGGCUUCCAUGAGCACUGAAAGAGCCUUGUCACCAUCAUCAUCUUCUUCUUUUACACCUCGAUGGAAAUACGAUGUGUUCCUAAGUUUUAGAGGCAAGGAUACCCGAAAUAAUUUCACAGACCAUCUAUAUUUUGCUUUGAAACAAAAGGGCAUUUUCACUUUUAGAGAUGAUGAAGAACUAGAGAGAGGAAAUUCAAUUUCACCAGAGCUUUCAAAAGCAAUAGAAGAAUCAAGGUUUGCUAUUGUCAUAUUCUCAAGAAACUAUGCAUUUUCUACAUGGUGCCUAGAUGAACUUGCAAAGGUCAUUGGAUGUGUGGAAGAGACGGGAAUGAUAGUUCUACCAAUUUUUUAUAAUGUGGAUCCAUCUGAUAUACGGAAACAAAUUGGAACUUUUGCACAAGCUUUUGCUCAACACGAAGAACGUUUUGAGGAGAACAUAAAGAAGGUGCAGAAAUGGAGAGAUGCUUUGAGAGAGGCGGGCAAUCUCUCUGGGUGGCACGUACAAAAUAGGUCUGAGGCAGAAUGUAUCCAAGACAUUGUGCAAGAGAUAUUAAAUAAAUUGAGAAAUACAUUCUCAGCACAUAAGGGACUAAUAGGAAUGGAAUCCCGAGUGGAGAAAUUGAAGUCAUACUUAGCUAUAGAGUCAAAUGAUGUUCGCAUUAUAGGAAUUUGGGGGACAGGAGGAAUGGGUAAGACAACUCUUGCAAGAGUUGUUUAUAGUAUGGUUUCCAGUCACUUUGAAGCUUGCUGUUUUAUUGCAAAUGUUAGGGAAGAAUCUAAAAAAUGUGGUUUAUGUAAGUUACAAAAAAUACUUUUGAAAAAACUUUUGAUGCUAGAAAAUUUGAAUCUACAAGAUGUCGAUGACGGAGUUCAAAUGAUCAAGAAUAGGUUACAUAACAAAAAGAUUCUUCUUGUUCUUGAUGACGUAAAUGAAGGAGACCAAUUGAAGAAGUUAGCUGGGGAGCAUUGUUGGUUUGGUUCAGGUAGUAGAAUUAUGAUAACAACAAGAGAUAGGCAUUUGUUGGUGAAUCAUGAAGUAAAUGAAAUAUAUGAGGCUGAAGUAUUGAAUCAUGAUGAAGCUCUUAAACUUUUUAGUUUGAAAGCUUUUAAAAAGGACCAUCCAGCAGAAGAUUAUGAAAAGCUAUCUCAAGCUUUUGUAGAUUAUUCUAAGGGGCUUCCUUUGGCCCUUGAAGUUUUGGGUUCUUUCUUGUUCAAAAAAAGCAUUGAUGAAUGGAAAAGUGGAUUGGAUAGGCUCAAUGAAUUUCCCGAAAGAAGAAUUCUCAAUGUGCUUCGAAUAAGUUUUGAUGAACUACAAUCACCAGAGAAGGAUAUUUUCUUAAAUAUUGCAUGCUUUUUUAAUCACAAGAAUCGAGAUGACGUCAUAAAAAUACUAGACUAUCUUGAGCUUCAUGCUAAAUUUGGAUUGAGGGUUCUUAUUGAUAAGUCUCUCAUUAAAUUGCAUGAAAAUCAAUUGUGGAUGCAUGAUUUACUACAAAAAAUGGGUCAAGAUAUAGUUUGUCAAGAGAAAGACCCCAGGAAACGUAGUAGAUUGUGGUCGUUUAAAGAUAUUGACAAUGUGUUGACAAAAAAUACGGGAACAGAGGCAAUUCAAAGCAUAGUACUAGAGUUGUAUGAACCAAAAAAGGUAUAUUGGAAUCCUGAAGCCUUUUCAAAGAUGCAAGAUCUAAGAUUGCUUAAAAUUUGUGGUGUUCAACUUAUGCAUGAUCUCAAACAUCUUCCUAAUAGCUUAAGAUUUCUUGAUUGGAGAGGGUACCCUUCAAAAUCGUUGACAUCAAGUUUCCGAUUAAAGAGUUUUGAGAAUUUGAAAUUCAUUGAGCUGAGUGAAUCUCUAAAACUUAUUGAAUCCCCAAACAUCAUUGAAAUCCCAAAUCUUGAGAGUUUGGUUCUUAAAGAUUGUAUAAAUUUACGUAAGAUUCACCCAUUAGUUGGAAUUCAUAAAAAGCUUAGUAUUCUUAAUUUAGAUGGGUGCAAGAACCUCACAAGUCUUCCAAGCAAGUUUGAAAUGGAGUGUCUCAUGGAACUAAAACUUUUUGGUUGCUCAAAAAUAACAAAAAUUCCAGAAUUCGGGAGAAACAUGAAAUGUUUACACAGCCUUGAUUUAAAAGGUACUGCAAUUACAACACUACCCACGUCAAUUGAGCAUUUGACUGACCUUGAUUGGUUGGAUUUAUGUGAUUGCAAAAAUCUUGUGCAUUUACGUGAUACCAUUUUUAAUUUAAAGUUGCUUAGAGUAGUCUAUAUUGAGGGAUGCUCAAAACUGGAUGGACUGCCAGAGAACCUAGGGAAUGCCGAAAGUCUAAUGUCUUUGAAUUUGAGCGAAACUGCUAUAAGAAAGGUCCCUUCUUCCAUUGGUCUCUUAAAACAUCUUCGUUCGCUAAUAUUCAGAGGAUGUAAGGGGUUAUCAUCUAAUAAAUCGUGGUAUGAGCUCCUCCCGUUUUGUUCAAUGCCAACAGGUCCUCAUCCCAUCGACUUGCUAUUCUCUUCUCUAUCUCUAUCACCUGCGUCUUCUUUGUUCUGGUUAGAUUUAAGGGACUGCAAUCUCAAGGCAAUCCCCAAUGAUAUUGGUUCCUUAUUCUCUUUAACAUGGUUGUUUUUAAGUGGAAAUGAUUUUGUUUGCCUUCCGGAAAGCAUCAUUCGACUUUCGAAAUUGAAAUCGAUGUACUUGAAUAAUUCCACAAGUCUUCGAUCAUUGCCAAAGCUUCCAUUGAAUAUUGAAAGCGUUGAGGCAGAAGGUUGUAUCUCACUGGAAAUGUUACCAGAUCCAUUAAAACCAAGCGAUUCAUUGGAACCAUCUCUCGGUCUUCAAAAUUGCUUUCAAUUGGCUGACAAUCAAAGCUGCAUAGACUGGUUUAUCUCAGGGAUAAAAAAGUACCUCAAGCUCACUCACUCUCUCCCUCUCUCAGUCCUAAAAACCGAGCCUCAUUAUCCAUAUUAUCCAUAUGCCAUUGUUAUUCCUGGAAGUGAAAUUCCUGAGUGGUUUAGCCACCAAAGCAUGGGGAAUGAAGUGAAAAUAAAACAACCUUCUCAUUUGUGUAAGAAGGUGGGAAUUGCUUUUUGUGUUGUGUUUCGUACGAAUGAUUUUCAUUCAUAUGGCUCUCUUGGAUAUUGGUUGAUAGCCAAUGGAAAAAGAAUUGAGAUUGGUUACUGUCCCUCAAUUAAGAAGGUUUCAUCAGAUCACGUUUCGCUAGUCUAUGUGGUUCCUCAAUACUUGGACGAGGAAUCAAAUAAAUUAUUGUGGGAAGGUGACGUGAAUGGAUUCAGUCAGAUUAGAAUUAAAAUUGAAAGCUGGCGUGUCAAGGUAAAAAAAUGGGGGAUCCGUAUGAUAUACGAGAAAGACAUAGAAGAUCUUGACAGAACAAUGGUCCAGUAUAGCAACAGCAGCAUCACUCCUUAUGAUGGCAUGGAUGUUGUCCAUCAUAAUUUCGACCAUUCGUCAGUGGUAGUGGAAUGUCACAAAGUCAAGUGCAGACGUGAUGAUUACAAUGGGGCAGGACCCAGUGGAGAAGGAAGCUCUAAUGACAUACCAAACCCAAAAAGGAUUAAAAGGCACACAGAAGCCCAUGGUAAAUCUGAUUGUGAGGAGUCAAGUGAGUACAAGGACUGUGAUGAGGAGUUAAGCAAUUGGGACAAAUCUAAUGACAGUAACCCUGAUGCUUAAUCAACUUUUCAGACCUGAUUAGAGAGCUGUACUCUCCAGAAGUGGCUGCUCAAAUUUUAGCUAUCCCUAUCUCAAGCUGUGGAGUUACUGAUAAGCUGCUAUGGCCUCAUACAACACAACUUAGUGAGUGAAACCAAGUGUCUUAUGCAAUGA